CGGGUCGGGUCAAAUCUCAUCGUUGUAAUUGUGUCUUUCUCCGGCAUUUCUAAAGUUCAAAGCUAAUUCAAUCUCAACAAUGGUGGAUUGGUCUACACUCCCGAAGGAUCUCUUAGACCUAAUCUCAAAAUCUCUAGAAUCUUCCUUCGAUCUCGUCCAAUUCCGUUCCGUUUGUUCUUCAUGGCGAUCCGCCGCCGAGCCAAAACGUCCGCUCCCAACACAUCACCUCCCGAUCCUCCCCGAUAACGGUGGUAGCCUCUUCCCUGAUUCCGCCGUAGGUUUCCGUCUCUCGCAGCGGAGUAUCUUACUUAUCAAGCCUCAUGAACCACCACACAACGAAGCAGAUUCGUUUGGAUGGUUGAUCAAAGUCGAGGAAGAUCUUAAUGUUCCUCGUAAGGUGACUCUUUUAGAUCCGUUAUGUGAUAAAAGAAACUCAAUUCCUGAGAAUUUCCCUCAUGUUCUCGAUAUGUCGAAGUUUAAGGUUCGAGAAUUGGGUCGAGAGUUUAAGCUUCAUUAUUUCAAUACUGUUGGUGAUAUUGUAGAGAGUUUAUACUUGGAGAAAGCUGUUGUUAAGUAUCUAGAUUGUGAUGUUGAGUAUAAAUUUGUGUUGCUUACGAUUCAUGUUUCGGGGAAGUUAGCUGUGUUUAGGUCUUGGGAUCGAGCUUGGACUGUGAUUAAUGACAUGCCUUCUCCUUAUGAUGAUGUGAUUUUGUUCGAUGGACGUUUCUUUGCGGUUGAUAACAACGGGAGGACUGUGGUUGUGGAUUACAGUUCUUUGAAAUUGACGUUGGUCGCGAGUCCUGUGUUUGGUGGUGAUAAGAAGUUUUUGAUUGAAUCUUGUGGUGAAAUGUUGCUUGUUGAUAUGUAUUUGAGUUUAGAGGCAGUGGAAGGGGAUCCUGGAUUCGUCGAGGAGAUUUUCGAGCAUCCUGCGUUUUAUAUGAAUGAGAGAACGGUUAAAUUUAAAGUGUAUAGAUUUGUGGAAAGAGAGGAGAGUUGGGUUGAUGUUUACGAUCUUGAGGAUAAGAUGUUGUUCCUUGGUGAUGAUUCCACCUUUUCCGCCUCAGCUUCUGAUAUUUUACCUACCUGUGAUGGAAGCUCCGUGUUCUUCAAUGGUAAUGUCUUCAAUGGGGAAGACUUGGGCGCUAUGCAAGAUCGAGAUUUGGGAGUGUUUGAUUUGAGGACUGGCAAAAUAGAGCUGGUGCAAAAACUCCCUGAAUAUGCUAAGCUGUUUUGGCCUCCACCUCCCUGGAUUACUUCUCGUGCGCAUGCUGAAGAUCAUACUGGAGAAACAUCAUCCCAAUCUUGAAAAUACAUAUGUAUAAUCUGGAGUUCAAGAUUUUGGAGAUGCUAUGGUUACAGUCUUUUACGAAGGUUAAUCUCUCUAAUACAUGUGAGAUUGAAAACCCAUAGAGAGACUACAACCUGAAUCACAUGUUUAUGUUUUCUUCUUUUCCAAGCUUUUCACUAGCUUGGCGUCUGUACAUAGAGAACCUUUCUUUAUAAUCUUUUUCCCCCAAAGAAUGAUGUUUUCUCCAAAACAAUUUGCGACACCCUAGCGGUAAGAAUUUGAUAUAUACCAUUAAUAGUUGUCA